AGACGCUUCAUCCACUGAGCCACACUGGCCAGGGCCCCCUUGUCUCUUUGAUAAUCGUGUGCCUUCUCCCCUAGGACCCGCUAUAUCAGCACCGAGCUGGGCAUCAGGCAGAAGCUGCUGGUGGCAGUGCUGACCUCACAGGCCACGUUGUCCACUAUGGGUGUGGCCAUGAACCGCACACUGGGGCACCGGCUAGAGCGUGUGGUGUUCCUGACAGGCUCUCGGGGCCGUAGGGCACCACCAGGCAUGGCUGUGGUGACAUUGGGCGAGGAGAGGCCUAUUGGCCACCUACACCUGGCACUACGCCACCUGCUGGAGCAGCACGGCAACGACUUUGACUGGUUCUUCCUAGUACCUGAUACCACCUACACUGAGGCCCACGGACUGGUGCGCCUAGCUGGCCACCUCAGCCUGGCAGCUGCUGCCCACCUCUAUCUGGGCCGGCCCCAGGACUUCAUCGGUGGAGAGCCUGCCCCAGGCCGCUACUGCCACGGAGGCUUUGGGGUACUGUUGUCCCGCACCCUGCUGCAGCAGCUGCGCCCCCAUCUGGAAGGCUGCCGCAACGACAUCGUCAGUGCGCGUCCCGAUGAGUGGCUGGGACGUUGCAUCCUCGAUGCCACAGGGGUGGGCUGCACUGGUGACCACGAGGGAGUGCAUUAUAGCUACCUGGAGCUGAGCCCUGGGGAGUCCGUGCAGGAGGGGGACCCUCGUUUCCGCAGCGCCCUGACCGCCUACCCUGUGCGUGACCCUGUGCACAUGUACCAGCUGCACAAGGCUUUUGCCCGAGCUGAGCUGGAACGCACAUACCAGGAGAUCCAGGAAUUGCAGUGGGAGAUCCAGAACACCAGCCGUCUGGCAGCUGAUGGGGAGCGAGCAGCCGCUUGGCCCGUGGGCAUUCCAGCACCAUCCCGCCCAGCCUCCCGCUUUGAGGUGCUGCGCUGGGACUAUUUCACUGAGCAGCAUGCUUUCUCCUGUGCUGAUGGCUCGCCCCGCUGCCCUCUGCGUGGGGCUGAUCAGGCCGAUGUGGCCGAUGUUCUGGGGGCAGCCUUGGAGGAGCUCAACCGCCGCUACCACCCAGUCCUGCAGCUCCAGAAGCAGCAGCUGAUUAAUGGCUACCGUCGCUUUGAUCCUGCUCGGGGUAUGGAGUACACACUGGACUUGCAGCUGGAGGCGCUGACCCCCCAGGGUGGCCGCCGGCCCCUCACUCACCGGGUGCAGCUGCUACGGCCACUGAGCCGCGUGGAGAUUUUGCCUGUGCCCUACGUCACCGAGGCCUCACGUCUCACUGUGUUACUGCCUCUGGCCGCGGCGGAGCGUGACCUGGCCCCUGGCUUCCUGGAGGCCUUCGCCACAGCAGCUCUGGAGCCUGGCGAUGCUGCAGCCGCUUUGACCCUGCUGCUGCUAUAUGAGCCACGACAGGCCCAGCGGGCAGCCCAUGCAGAUGUCUUCGCACCUGUCAAGGCCCAUGUGGCAGAGCUAGAGCAGCGUUUCCCCGGUGCCCGGGUACCCUGGCUCAGUGUACAGACAGCCGCCCCCUCACCACUGCGCCUCAUGGAUCUACUCUCCAAGAAGCACCCGUUGGACACGCUAUUCCUACUGGCUGGGCCGGACACGGUGCUCACGCCUGACUUCCUGAACCGUUGCCGCAUGCACGCCAUCUCCGGCUGGCAGGCCUUCUUUCCCAUGCACUUCCAGGCCUUCCACCCAGCCGUGGCCCCACCACAGGGCCCAGGACCCCCGGAGCUGGGCCGAGACACGGGCCACUUUGACCGCCAGGCGGCCAGUGAGGCCUGCUUCUAUAACUCUGACUAUGUGGCGGCCCGAGGGCAGCUGGCAGCGGCCUCGGAGCAGGAGGAGGAGCUCCUGGAGAGCAUGGACGUGUACGAGCUGUUCCUCCGCUUCUCCAGCCUGCAUGUGCUGCGGGCGGUGGAGCCGGCGCUGCUGCAGCACUACCGGGCCCAGACGUGCAGUGCACGGCUCAGCGAGGACCUGUACCAUCGCUGUCGCCAGAGUGUGCUGGAGGGCCUGGGCUCCCGCACCCAGCUUGCCAUGCUGCUCUUUGAGCAGGAGCAGGGCAACAGCACCUGAACCCACCCUGUACCCCAAAACCCUGGCCUGGGGGUGCUUCUCCCCAACUAUCCGGAGCCACCUGUCAGCCUCCCUGGACUGGGCUGGCUGGCCACAGCCUCAGACUCCAGGACAGCCCACUGGCCUCCUCUCUCUGGCUUUGUGGGUGCUCAGGCUCAGGAGAAGCCCCGUGGGAGGUGCCCUCAGAGCCACCCCUUCCUGCCCCUGACACUGCUGACUCAAGCUGUGGCCUCAAUAUUUAUGUAGUGCAGUCGCCUGACGCCAGGCCUGCCUCUAAGUCCAGGGGCUGGGCUGUAGAUGACUUGUUGGGAAAGGGGGGAGCUGAGAGGAGGAAUGUGGGGUGUCUCCCAGCUUCUCCCCUGUGGACCCUGAUGAAGCUCUCUGCCUUUAAUAAACUGGCUGAGUGUGGACUGGUGA